AAUCUUUACUCUCUGUGUCUCUCGAUUUAGAUGUGAAGUGCAUAUACUGCAAUUGAAACAAAAUUGAAUAUAAUUAGGAGUAGAUAAUAUUAGAACCAACCGUCUUAAUUCCUAGUGUACUGUUACCUUGUCACAGAAAAUGUUGUAGUUUUCUGAGCAGAAAACUUUUUCAUCUUAAUUUUGGCAUAUAAGGAGUGUCUUAGUUUAUCAAUUUAUUUCAAUAUUCUGAAUUUCGCUUCUUAUUUUUGUAAUGCAACAUGGGGUAAUUGUUUUUGGCAACAAAAUUGAUUNGUUAUGUUGUUUGAUGCAGGGUUGUGAAACUUGGACGUAAAUUGUAUGAUUAAAUUCUCCUAUGGGUGGUGGUGAGAGUCGUCUUCUAGCUAUUAUUAUUUUGUUGUCAUUCUUGCUAAGAAGUGAGUCAUGGGGAUGGUUUUCAUCAUCAAAGGAGACUCCUUCCAGUGAAAGGACCUAUUCUAGAGGCAAUUUCAGAGGUUCCAGUGCAGAGUUCUCCAUUGAGGUCUUCAACGAGCAAAAGGGAGUGAAAUUAAUAGAUAAUGCUCAGAAGAAAAUGAUUACCUCAAACUCUUGUUGGCAAAAUGCAUAUCAACAUCUUUUUGCUGGGUGUUCUGAGAUCUUGGCUGUUGAUGAGAAGAGGUCUAGAUUAGCUUGGCACCUAAGUGAUUGCUUUCAGAGGGAUUCUGGAAGAUCUCCUUUUCCCCACUGUGACCCCAAAGCUUCUAUGGCUUCAUGCUUGAGAACUUUAGAUGACCUUGCCCAUAAGGUUUACCUUGAAUUCUACCUUGAAACCAACAUCAUUUGUUAUCAGUUACAGGCGUAUGCAUUCAAACAUGAAACUGAGAGACUUGUGACUGAAUUAAAAAGUUCAGCCCAGUAUGUUGAGGACAAGUUAGAUAACAUUGAAGAGAAAUCAGAACAUCUAUUACAAGGCUCUCAGAGAAUUCAUGAUUCUCUUGAUUUAAUUGGCAGCCACACCCAACAAGUAGCUCAAACUGCUAGGCAUCUGGAAGGCCACAUAGAUUCUGUGUUAAUUCAUUCACAGAAUGUUUAUGAGCAAACUACAAAAAUUGCACUAUCACAAUCACAGUUACAAGAAGAUCAAGAGGAUAUGAAGAGAAGUUUGGAGGAUGGUGUAACAAUGCUCAAAGAAUCUUAUAAUUAUUUGGGAAAAGAAAUUGGAAAGUUAAGGGAUGAAGCCAUUGAGAUAGAGAAUGAGGUAAUUAAAGUUGGAGAUGUCAUGUCAUCAAGGAUGAACACUCUGCAAAGCAAAGCUGAAGAUAUUGGGAAUAUGGCUGGGCUUUCCUUAGAUAAGCAACACCAACUUUUAGAUGGACAAUCCACAGCACUUGAGUCCCUAAACUCAUUGAUUCAGUUUCAAUCCAAAGCACUAGAAGAGANCAGGAAAACCCUACAGUAUUUUGCUGAAUAUGGGCAUAGACAGCAUGAAGAGCUUGUUCAACGUCAGGAACAGAUUCAAGGAUUUCAUGAUCGUUUGAUGGAAAAUUCAAAGUCAAUAUUGUCAUCUCAGGAAUCUUUUGAAUCAAAGCAGGCUUCCAUGUUUGUUGUUUUAGACAGAAUUUUUGCUCUGCAAAAUGCCUUGUUACUUGAAUCAAGAAUGAUCAAAGCUUUCUUUGUUUAUUCCAUAUCAAUCUUUGUCAUCUUCAUGUUGACUAGUACGAAGCAAACAUACAAUAUGAGACCGUUCCUGUAUAUUGAGCUUUUUGCAACUUUCUUUGUGGAAGUAGUCGUUAUUCGUUUAACAAGCGACAACAUUGAGCACCAAACAUGGAUAAUAAAUGUGGCAAGAUUAUUAUUCAUGGUAGCUGCUGCGGUUCAACUGCUACAUGCCAUUUGCACAUACAAGGACUAUGAAACUUUGAACCAUCAAAUGCUGUUAGCACUGAUGAACAAGGUUAACACCAUGCAAAACCAAAAAGAAUUGUCAUAUGACAUGGAUACUGAUUACGAGGAUUGGUCUGAAUGGAUAGAUGCUGAUUUACCUGAUGAUGUUAAUUGCCUUAAUGAUCCUGAUUACAUACCUCCAGAAGAAGUUACAGAGAAUUCAUUCACAGCUAUGAAAAAUUAUAAUCUACGCUCUCGCAAUCUUCUUCAUUGAUUGUUACCACUCCGUACUAAUUUAUUAAUCAGAACUUUGAAGUCUACUAGUGAAACUUUAUUCCAUUUAUUUGUUUCAUGAUUCUGGAUUAUGUGUGUACUACUCUUUGUAAGGGUUUUGACUUUUUUGCAAAGAUUCUUAGAUUUUAUGGCUUGAACAGUUUCAAGAAGUUUGUACAGACUAAAAUAUGG